UGUUGACAGUCGUCGUGUUAUUUAUUAAAUUAAAAAUGAAUAUGCAGAGUCCUAAAUCCAACAAAUUGAACAAUAUUGAAGCUGCCAAUAGACUUAGACAUGGUUCGCCUCAAUUUAAAGCAGUAUUGCGACAGCGAUGCCGAAAACAAAUGCAAGAAAGACGUGACAAAUUGUUUAAUGCGCGAAGAAUCGGCCUCGAUGACAAAGAUGAAUGUAUUGAGAAUACUCUUACUGAAAUAGUCAGGCGGGAGUUUAGUAAUAUGUCAUCAAUGCUAAAUGAAAGCUCUGAUUCACUUGCCGAAAUGAUGGAAUGGCCAGACAACCAGGAAGAGUUGAUGAGUAUCGAAGAACAAAUGAUUAAAGAUGAAGAAGAGUGGAUCAUUGAAGAAUUUAAUCGUAUGCAUCAAUAUGAAAUGGAAAUGAUGGAUAAAUAUCUAGAAGAAAUAAUGAAAAAUGAACUUGUCUGUCCUAUGUGUGAAAAAGGUACUAUCGCUCAACUUAAUGAUUUUUUCGUUUGCCCGAAAUGUCAACUCUGUUUGCCAGCUAAAGUCACCAUGGAUGAUUUUUAUCAACGCAUCAAGAACCAGUCGGUUGAUCACGGUGAAAAUUGUAAUUUGAAGCCAAGUUUCAUGGUGAUUCCUGAAAACAAUAACUACUUUUUGUACAUGGGAUGCGAGUCAUGUUCAUACUUUGGUCUAAUUUUAUAAUUGUUCUGUGUUUACUUUUUUUAUUUAUUUAUUUAUCUUUGUUAUAAAAAUUUUAAUGAUACCCAGUGUUGAUAAAAUGUGUUAUUCAAAAUAUUGUAUAAGUACUGGUUAAUAAUUUAAUAAUUAAAUGUGAAUUGUAAAUAUGUAUUAGAAUUAAUCUCAUCACUUUUAAGAGACUACAAACAUUUGAAAUAAUU